GGCGCGCGGCAUCCUGGGACAUGUAGUAUUGCCCGGACUCGGACGCCCCCUUGUAUGAAUGGGGCCCGGACUGACUGCGAACUACAGCUCCUUGACCCGCAACGUUGGUGGCAGCUACGGGGGAAACGGAGACCGCCGCGGGCCGGAGAGAGAAGUGCUCGGGGACGGCGGCGAUGUUCUGUGCCGCGGCAAAAGCCGCAGUUCGGCUUCCUGGGGUAGCGGUCUAGGCGGGCGCUUCCUCUGCGCGCCCGCUCCCCUUCCCCUGCACCGGCCAUGCGCCCCGCUUUCGCGAUGGGCCUGGUUUUCGCCGGCUGCUGCAGUAACGUGAUCUUCCUAGAGCUCCUGGCCCGGAGGCAUCCAGGAUGUGGGAACAUUGUGACAUUCGCCCAAUUUUUAUUUAUUGCUGUGGAAGGCUUCCUCUUUGAAGCUGAUUUGGGAAGAAAGCAGCCUGCUAUCCCAUUAAGGUACUACGCCAUCAUGGUGACCAUGUUCUUCACCGUCAGUGUGGUGAACAACUACGCCCUGAACCUCAAUAUCGCCAUGCCCCUGCAUAUGAUAUUUAGAUCUGGCUCUCUAAUUGCCAACAUGAUUCUAGGAAUUAUCAUUUUGAAGAAAAGAUACAGUGUCUUCAAGUAUACCUCCAUUGCGCUGGUGUCUGUGGGGAUAUUUAUUUGCACUUUCAUGUCCGCGAAGCAGGUGACUUCGCAGUCCAGCUCAAGUGAGAAUGAUGGAUUCCAGGCAUUUGCGUGGUGGUUACUAGGUAUCGGAGCUCUGACUUUUGCUCUUCUCAUGUCAGCAAGGAUGGGUAUUUUCCAGGAGACGUUAUACAAACAGUUUGGGAAACAUUCCAAGGAGGCUUUGUUUUACAAUCAUGCCCUUCCACUUCCUGGUUUCAUCUUCUUGGCUUCUGAUAUUUAUGACCAUGCAGUUCUAUUCAAUAAGUCUGAAUUAUACCAAGUUCCUGUUGUUGGCGUGACAGUGCCCAUCAUGUGGUUCUACCUCCUUAUGAAUGUCAUCACCCAGUACGUGUGCAUCCGGGGUGUCUUCAUCCUUACCACAGAAUGUGCCUCCCUCACCGUCACAUUGGUUGUGACCCUGCGCAAGUUUGUGAGCCUCAUCUUUUCCAUCUGGUACUUCCAGAACCCUUUCACUCUGUGGCAUUGGCUGGGCACCAUGUUCGUCUUCAUUGGGACCCUGAUGUACACAGAAGUGUGGAACAACCUGGGGGCCAGGAAAGGCCAGCCUCACGCAGAGGACAAGAGGAAGUGAGGCGUGCUGGAACAUGUGUUGUAGUUAGUGGAGGGCUGGCCCUUGUCCUUUUUGUUAAUGCUGAGUUCCCCCCCCCCCACCUCCCAGUUUGAACCAACCAUGUUGCAGAGACUCCUCAAAAGGAGGAGACUUCUGAGCUUACUCCUGACUUUAUAGGCCAACAUUUGUGGACUGUGAGUAGGGACCCCUCGACCCUGCAAUAGAAAAAAAGAACAGUUCUCUACCACCAAA